AUGUCUAAUCCAUUCAUAAAGAAUCCAAAUGCUUCAAACCAAUCAUUACCUGGAACUUCAAGUGCAAAUAAUAAUUCACCAUUUGCCAUUUUAGGAACAGGUGCUGAUAUUGCAGCUCCAAGAAAUGCAAUUGGCUCCACUCCACAAUCUGGUAAUAUAUCAAGAGCUCCAAGUUUUAAUUCUCCAAAGAUGCAUUAUAAUCCUUAUGGUGUUAAUGGUCCAUCUUCAAGAACACCUUCAACUUAUUCCACUCAUACUACAAUGAAUGGAAGUGAUUCUGGUGGCGAUGAUGAAAAAAAGACUUUAUUACCAUUACCAAUUCAUGACCCAAAUGAUUAUUUACCAGAAGAUUUAAAACAAGAAUUUAAUAGUGUUAAUGAAGAGUAUCAGAUCCCUGAAAAGGGGUCCAAAAAAUUGGGUGAUGGUGCUUCAUCACAAGUUAUUUGUGUUACUGAUAAGAAGACUCAUAAAUUGUAUGCUUUUAAAAAAUUCUGUCUAUUACAUAAUGAAGGUGCUGAGGAAUUUUAUAAAAGAGCAAUGAAGGAGUUUGUUAUAGCUAAAAGAUUAAGUUCAAAUAAACAUAUCGUGGGGACUUAUUAUGUUUUAAAAGCUCAAACAACUGUUAAUAUAACUAGAGGUUGGGGGUUCAUAUUGGAGUAUUGUAAAGGUGGUGAUUUAUUUUCAUUAAUUGCAAGAACAGGUUGGAAACAACAUCCAUUGGCUGAAAAAUAUUGUAUUUUCAAACAAGUUGCAUUUGCUAUUAAAUAUAUGCAUUCUCAAGGAAUUGUGCAUAGGGAUUUAAAACCUGAAAAUGUUUUGAUUAAUGAAGAUGGUUGUGUUAAAUUGACGGAUUUUGGUGUUGCUGAAUAUGGUCAUGAAAUUCCUGAUGAUACUUCAUCUCCAGUCAAACUUUUAAACUCUUAUGUUGGAUCUCCACCUUAUGUUCCACCUGAAAGUAUGAGUUGUAAAACUACUUCAACAACAAAUGGUUCAAACAAUUAUUAUGAUCCUUUCAAAUUGGAUCUUUGGGCUUUAGGUAUGGUGUUAUUUUGCAUUGCUUAUCAAGGUACUCCAUUCCAAUCUGCUUCAAGUUCAGAUGCUCAAUAUAGAGAUUUCUUGGUUUCUUAUUCAACUUAUCUUUCUUCAAAUCCAAGUUUUAAAUAUGGUGAUAAAAAUCAUGGUCCAGGUUCUGAAUUUAGAUAUGCUAAAGAUUUCCAUUCCACUGGAGCUGCAAGAGUUGCUUGGAAAUUGUGUGAUCCAGAUCCAAAGACAAGAUAUACAAUUGACCAAUUGUUUAAAGAUCCUUGGUUUCAA